AUGGGAUUUUUGAGUGGUGUUCUUGAGGCGGUGAAAGAUGAAAAUGAAGUGACAACUUAUGAUAAAUACAUACAGCCAGAGAGUAAAAGGCUUCAAAAUGUACUAGACACCUUAAAUAAAAAUAUUGGCACCGGGCGUGAUGGGCUUGCGGCGUCUGUCGGCGCGGUGAAGGGGUGGUUGGGGAAAUAUAAUUCACAAGUUGAGACAUUGACUAAGAAUGUUACUUCAAAAUUAGGUACGUUAAGUACUAAAUUAUCAUCUGAUACAGGUGAAUACUACAAGCAAGUUAACGACAAGAAUGACCUGAGUGCGCAGUUGACGAUGUGGACCGGGACGCUUGGACGUAUCUCAAGUGAUCUCCAAGACAUACAAAACAAACAGAUUAAUAUAUUAGAUAAGAGACUAAAAGCAGAUGUUUUGCAUGAAAUUAAGCCGAUUAAUAAAUCGGUUGAGUUUUUGCUUGAGUCGGGUAACAACAGUGAGUUCAAGGGAAAGGUGGAGCAGGCAGUUGCGAAAUUCCGUGAGACCCGUAAAAGUGCUGAUCAAGGAGUGGAAGAAUGUGUUCAAAAGGUUACUGCAGGUUUGAACAAAAAGAUUAUGGAACUUCUACAGCAGCAUACUGAAACCAUCAAAAGCACCGAGUUGUACGUCAUUGGCAAAAUAGACGAUGUGCUAUCUAAAGCGGAGAAGCGAAGUAUAACACACAUGGAGGCACUCGAUGCGGAGUAUAAACAUAAAAUCAAGGAGGCGCACAGUGCCUUGGCAAAUGCUCUGAAGACGCUUCAGAAUGGCGCAACUAAAGCAAAUGAUUUGCAUAAUGCGAUCGAAAAAUUACAGGAGAAGUUUCAUAAGUUGCAGGGUCACGAGUCAGGCAUCGGUACAGUUGUCGAUACGGAGAGGGAUAUUAAAGGCAUGUUAUUUAAAUUUGUGGAGGAGGGAGAAAAGUUAAAGAAAACUAUUGAAGAGAAUAUCAGGCAACCGUUGCAUAAAUGGCAUGAUGCCAAUAAAGAUAAGAUGCCUGGUGGGCUUCAUCAACUAGGGACUGACGUUGACACUAAUAUCACCACUUUUAGUUCGAAUUAUCCAGCAGUGCAUAGUGCCCUGAAACAAAUUAAAAUGAUAGUUCAGCCUAUAGAAAACGUGUUGGCCGUCCGCAUGAAAAAUGUGCUGCCACAAUCGGACCUUGAAGAUUUGUUGGAGCAAGUAAGAAUGGAAUUGAAAGCAUAUGCCGGCGCACUUAUUGUAGAUAUGGAGAGUCUCAGAGAUAGUUUAGAUAAAGAAUUGAAAGGCUAUAUUAACAAAUUGAUGGGCGGUGGCGCGUAUGCUGAUAUAGUGGCGAGAUUCGUAAAAACUGUUUUGGACAGCGUUAUCGACACAAUGAGUACCAAGCAAGCAGACGAAUCGCAUAUGGCAAAGCAAUUAAAAACACAGCAUUCGCAAAUGACAAUUCCACAAACUCAAAUGAAGUUUGACGAGAUUAUGACACAUUUCAGAGGCGUAGAUGUACGAAUUACGACUGCUAUAUCCAAACUGAGUGAUAAAGUCAAAUUACUUAAUCAUCAUUCAAAAUCUACGAACGAGAAUGACCAACAGCUUUCACACCUCACAACAAACUUGCCAAAAUCCAUGGAACAGGUCAAGAACAAAAUAACUGAGGUCAUUCAAUUGGUAAAUAGCACCAACAGUGGUCUGGUAGGGGCAGUCGCCAGUGCUAAAAAGCUCAUUGACGAUUUCAACAAUGAUCGUAAGACCACUUUAUCCAAUAAAUUCGAAGGUUUAAAAUCGGAAAUUAGAGCGUUAAGUAUGGAAUCCGUAAGAAGCGCACUUGACUCAGCCAUUGCGGGUGUUAAUAAGAAGCUUGAAGAUCUGAAGAAGGUUCCUACUACUAUAGAAGACGAAGGCAAAUACAGUCUUGCUGUACGAAAAAGCAAAUUAAUUGAAUAUAUCAUUAAUCUUAAAUCUGACAUCAUAGGGACGAUAACAGUGAAUAUGUCUGAAAUAAAGGAGACACUCAACCGUUCCCUCAUUAAGUCCGAGAAAGACGCUAUCAAUCACAUCAGACAGCUUGCGGAAACGUAUAAAAGGAAACUCGAGGAUGGUAUUAACGCGGUAGAACAACAGAUUCAAUUGAUGUUUGCGGAACAACAUAAAGCAGAUCUGACGGCUCUACAAAAACUGAUCGAGCAUCAAAAAGCUGAAAUUCAAAACAUCAUCGACAAGGACAGAGCCAGCGGUAUCAAGUGCCUGCUCUGGUACAUGAAUCAAAAUCACAAUACACUUACGGAACUUACCGGCAUACAAGAGUCAAAAUGGGCAGCAGAUAAAAUUAGACAUUACUUACAUCCCCUCUUUACCUACAUCAUCUCCCAAACCAACCCCUCCUCCCAACUGGUCACCGACCUCCAAGCCCGCACUUACGCCCUCCUCACCCACCUCCACGCGAACAAUCGCACCUUCACCUUCGACUCCGGUUUCCGCUCCCGCCUCCACAACCUGACCACCUAUCUCUCCACGUUCAACCCCGCUGCCUUUGCGAACCCGCACCACCCGCAACUCCUGGACGCGCUGAAGGCAGGGAUGCAAGGGCUGGUAGCGGAGAUGCAGAAGGCGUAUGUUAAUAGGUAUGACGGACAUCCUGAGAUGAAGUGGACGACACCGAACAAGGAGAAAGUUGACGAACCAACCGACGACGCUACGCGCUGCGCCAAGGUGUUUAUGAGCUGCCUGCCGAUGUGGGUGGAGGACCUCGGGGAGUUGAAGAGGAGGUGCCAGCAUAGUUGGAGCAAGAAGGCUAUACAUCAUAAAGAUGAAAUUGACAAAGAAAACCCCCUUGGUGAGUUCCUCAAGCAGUGCGGUUACCGUGUUCCUAGCAGUCAGAAGUCGCAUCAGGACGGGGAGCUGCAGUGCAGACAUACGUUCACUGGCAAACAUAUCGAUGGAAUUCUCGGUAAGAUCAUACAAAUGUCGAAUCUAGAACACGUUCCGCAGUGUAGAUCACGGGAGAAAGAAUGGAACUUUAAUAUCAUGGAUUUCAUAGCAUGCCUCUACAGUCACCUCGACGAGUAUAACGAAGUAUGUCAUCUAUCAACGUUAUUCUCCAAAAGGCAUCCGUGCAGUAUAUACGAAAUACUCUGCUGGUUCUCAGGGCUCCCUCAUAGUACCGUAUAUUCAGCGUUACCUGGCGGCAUCACCAAGCUGCUUGAUAAGCCUGAGAAUCAACCGAUAGAUAGCGGUGACUCGGGAAUUGAAAUUGAGUUCGAUGAUGAAAACGCGUACUACCUGGAUGCGCAUCCACAUAAGUUCACAUAUAAAGAUAUCUAUGCUGUGAUUGAACUAAUUUGCUCCAAAUCAUACGACGUGUUGGCUAGAAUCGCCGGCACAGGUGAUGAGCACACCAGGUACGCCUGCGAAUACGCAAACAAUUCCCUCAAGCUGCAUUACCCUAAGACGGCGGACGACUGCUUGCCAAUGUUACUUGACAUGUUACGUAGAUUGCUCUCCGUGUUCCGAUUCCUCGAAUCCAAGUGUAGUUAUUCGGCCGUGGAGUUCGGUUGGGCGGACUGCCAGUACGGUAAAAAUGUGCCUACGACCAAAUCGCAUUGUAACGACAGAUCAACGGAGGAAGUAACGUGCCAGGCAAAGUGUAAACCAAAGUGCCAACCAAACAGUCAACCAAACAGUCAACCAAAUUGCCAGCCAACCUCUCCGUUGAUGAGUUACUUAAAUGACUGUUUGCCGGGUCACUUGCCUCAUCAACUCACGAAUGUCGGUUGUAAAUCUGAAUGUAAAACGUGCCCCGGUAAUAAGCCUGGAAUGCCCUGCUUAACCCCCCUUGGAUUCAGAGGCUUCUCAGGGUCAAUUAAAACGGGUGAACAAUUAUGCAGCAUUAUUAAAGAGAUAUUAGGCAACGGUAUGAUUGCGUGUCUAUUCACCCUCGCACCCAGGCCUCCAACUAACUUGCCGGAGCACUUCCAGUUUGCAGUGUCACUUGCCAAGGGACUUAGUGCUUCAAAGCAGAGUAAGGUUGACGGCAUUAAAACAUUGGCAGACACCAUCGCAGAUUCAAUUACCGAUCGCUCCAUCAAUCUGUAUGAAAAUACGGAUGAACUUAUCGAUCCGAUUUGCAAAGCUUAUGGUAAUAAAGGUAUAGAGCAUCGCAACCAGAAGCGUGAUGCAAAACAUAACGUGUCGUGCAUUUCACUGACCACUUCCUGCAUCAAUCAGGAGCAUUGCGUCCCUUACCUAUCUCCCCUGAGCUGUGACACUUAUAAUUACCUUGUCAACAAGCAAUCGAACUCCUACCUAUCAUGGGCAGUUUACUUGCCGUGGACAUUCCAUAAAUAUCUUGCAAGUCUCCUCGACGCGUUUAAGGCUAUAAGAUGUGAAGACUGGGGAUGCAGGAACUGCUUGCAUACCGAUAUAUGCAAGGGAGAGAGUCAUGGUAUGCUUAAUCCAAAAGGACCUGAAGGAGGAUGCCAAUGCGCUUCUGUUGUACAUUGCAACGGCGUAUCGCCAACGUUAUACCAAUAUGGUUUCACAUUCAGGGAUGCGCAAAAUUUGAUAUCGUUGAACAGAAACUGCUUCAAUAUGCGAAGUCACCUGUACAAUGUUGUUAACUCUGACUAUUUCACUGACCUAUUUAAACAAUGCGACAUGUUACUGUGGAGAAUCAGAGAACCCUUCUCCUACCUUGUCUUGGCCCUCUGGCUCCUCUCUUUGUUGUACCUCCUCCACAUCAUGGUCAUCCGCCUCGACGUGCUCCACAUCAAAUCGCAUUUGCAUAGUCCAUCAUCGCAUCGCAUCGCUGCUCAAUCACUACUCGCCGCUGCACGUGUUAACAAACUGGGCAGGGUGUUUUAUCUGCAACCAUAA